UCAGGAUAUUUUUUUAUUGGAAUAAAUUGCAGUUCUCAAAUAUUAACCUCUGUAUAUAAUUUUUUUUAAGUCUUCAAGUUGCUUAAUAUUGAACAUGAACAAUCACAAAAUGCUAGUUAUAAUAUAUAGGGAUCCAACAAUGGAACAUAAUCUGCCAUAUUUUUAAAUAUUUUUUCCUCAGUGAGCUACUUUGUGACAUAUCACGAUUCAUUUGACUCAUGUAAAGAAGUACUUUUUUCAACCUUUUUGAAAUGGAUGAUAACGAUGAUUACUCUGAAAUUUCAACAGACUUCAAAGAAGAUGAAGACUCAGGACAACUACUCGAUGCGUCAGAUUCAGAGUUGGACAUCGCAAUAAAUGAAGAACUGAUUUCAAAAAGUCAAGAGGAAAUAAAGAAACGUAUGGCUUCCCUCAGCCUUCUCAUUUCCGGACUGAAAGAGCAGCUUAGGAACGAAAAAGUACUUUGGAGACAAGAAAUCGAACAAGUUAUCAACUACCAAAACAGUUUCAUGGCUCAAUCACUCUAUUUCCCUUCCACUGGUUACUGUAACAUGACAUGGGAAGAACCUACAGAUUUUCCAAAAAAAAUUUGCAAUAUGUCUCGAAGUGACGAAGAUAUACCUGCAAAAUACAACGAUUUUAGGUACAGGCACUUAAAACUCACAAAUUGCCGAAGGGAAAUGGAGAUUGAAAAUUAUAAAAGGAAAUUACUUGAAGUUGAAAGUAUGUGCACUAUGGAAUUAAACAGAGUGAAGAAUAGUGUUCAGAGUCUCCAGGUUCUGCAACAAGUUGCAGCUGAGUGGGAUCAAGCUUCUGGAGAUACAGGUCAUAAACCAGUUCUUCACAAGUCUAUACAAUCACCUGAUGAAGGAGAUGAAAAUUCUUUGAAAAGUAGCGGAGAUUUCACUAGUCCAAUAUCAGAAUCUCAUUUUGAAGCAUGAUUUCCUUUAGUGAAUAAAAAUAUAUUUUCAAGUA